AUGCUCGCACAGACUCUCACUGGUCAGAGGAGUCGCCGUGAGUCGAGUAGCUUUGACAAGCUUGCGAGGUGGAAGGAGACUCUGGGAUUGAUUUUGUCUAACAGGACUCCGGGAGACCAUGCCGCUAUCUUGGGGCUUGGUAAGCUUCUGGAUCAGCAUGGAUGGACGAAUGCAGCACACACCUGCUAUCUCUUCAGUGGUGGUAUAGCAAACCUUUCUGGAUUGGAUGCGCCUGAUGUGCAUUUCGUUCUCCUCGGCGCCGACCAUAAACGCGGCGACUUUGGUCAACAGCUUGACAGCAUUGUUCUCACCGAGGUCUACGAAUUGGCUAUUGCCCUUAGUGGUGUCCCUCAACCUGGGUUGCCGCACUUGCAGGCUUACAAGGUCUACCGUGCCCGUGUUUUGGCUGAUCUUGGUUGCAUCACGGAUGCACAGAAGUACUGCGAGACUAUCGCAAACUACAUGAAACAGACCAAGGGUUCUCCAUACUUCCAUCCUGUUUUGAUCAAUGAGCUCAGACAACUUACUGAGAGACUUGUGGCUGCG